UUCCUGUUGCUUUUCUCCGCACUAUUGCGCUUGUCAGUUUGAAAGUCAGUCAGCCUGUGGUGUGUGUGAAAAGUGCUUUGUUCACUAGCAGCUUUAAAGUUUCUUCUGCGUUCAUCAUCAUGUCUCUGCCGCAGCAGUUACGCGACCAAAGUGACUUUGAUCAGCUCCCUCUCAACAUCCCAAUCAGCGCCACCAUUGCUGAUAUCGAGGAGAUUAAAGGCUUCAUCGACUACUUUAGGUUCGUGAUUGAGGUGAAGACUAAAGGAGAGAGUAAGUACCUAAUCUACAGGAGGUACCGGGAAUUUUUCAACCUCCACCAGAUCCUCGAGGCCAGGUACUCUUCAGAAAACCUGGCCAAACUGGGCCCAAACACCUGCAUCCUGCCUCCUCUUCCAGGAAAAAUCUUCCUCGGAAACAAAAAGGAGAUUGCAGAGAGCAGAAUCCCUGAACUCAACACGUACAUGAAGAGGUUGCUGGGUUUGCCAACAUGGGUGUUGCUAGACGAGGCUCUCAGGAUGUUUUUCUACCAGACGGAACAGGAUUCUGAGCAUCAGCCGCGAGCCCUGAGGCGUCUCCGCCCGAAUACCCGCAAAGUGAAACAAGUGAAGUCACAAAAGAUGGACCUCUUCUCCUCCCCCAGGGCUGAGGCGAUGUUUGACUUUCGCGGCAACAGCAAGGCGGAGUUGAACCUGAAGAAGGGAGAGGUGAUCUUCCUGCUGCGACGAGUCAAUGUCGACUGGCUGGAGGGUACAGUAAACAAUCAGACCGGUAUCUUCCCAGAAACCUUUGUGAAGAUUAUUAAACCCCUCCCUGAGAGUGACUCUGAAGGUGAAAGUGGAGGCCACACAUACAGCUGUCUCCGCUGCUUCCUGCUCACCCCUUCUGGAGUCGACACCAGAGAUGUGUGUGUACAAGAGGACCUCAGCAUCCAGCCAUCAUACAAGGACCUGCUGUCUCGCAUGAGGAAUGUUUUCAAGGUGGAUGAUAUUGCCCUGAACUACCGCGACCCUGAUGGUGACCUUAUUCGUAUCCUGGACGAUGAGGAUGUCCAGCUGAUGAUCAAGGAGGGCAGACGUCAACAGGACAAAGUCAAGAGACCUGUUAAUCAGUUUCCAUGGGAACUGCAUGUGACCACGACCUCUGACCUUUCUGUUUACAAUACAGAGGCUUGAGAGAAGUUGAAGAGAAGAUAAAUAAAUAUAAAAUAUUUAGUUGUGUCAUAUAAGAAAAUGAAUUUAACCAAGUGUAUAGUUGCUGAUUUGAACUCUGUGUAGUUUGCCAUUUACAUUCAUUCUGAGUCUGUUUCAAUAAAUGUUCCAGUCAUUUCACUUAAUAAAAUAACUUAAU